AUUCCUGGUGUUCAUUCAGCACCGGCCCAUGCCGUCUAAGAACCUGUAUGGCAUAUUUGACCCAACUCCGGAGCCAGAAGAUUACAAGCCUGUGGAACGCACCGCCUUCGACGCGCCCGAAGUUCCUGCAGACGCCACUGACCAGAAAAGUGGUGUGCCGCCAAGCCACGUGGAGGACUCGCAGACGUUGCUUUCGCAAGUUGAAGAUAGUAUAACCUUGCUUCCAAUUCCGGUCGAUACAGCUGAACCGUAUAUUGGUCCGGAAGACGUGAAGGUAGAAGACUUUGCACCAAAUGCCUCUCACACAUCCGAACUCGAUCCGCCAAAUGAGACUCACGCCGACAUUACCGUGACUCAGCUGGAUGAGUUUCUGGAAAACGCGGACGGGAACCUUAGCAUGGAGAAUAGCCAGCCCACGAGCGUCAAACGAGAAGAUCAUUGCCCUGUAAUUGACUUAAUGGAAAACACCACUCCGGCGCCAGUCCGUGUUCCACGUCGACGAAAGAGAACACGCGCGGCCGUUGAAGUUGUAGUCCCUACACCGGAGUCUCUCUAUGGUCGGCGUCAACCGCUGUUGCCCGCCCAGGAAGCUACUGUGCAAAGACUUCGCAACCCAAACUUUCCGGUGAAAAUCAAAGAAGAACGACAACUCUCGACCGAUAGCGUCUACAACCGUAUAGCGAAAGUCGGUAUGGAACUUUAUCCUGGCGUGCCGGAUGACCCCAUCUUCACCUCGCUGGUGGCGCCGCGCGAGUUUUACUCCCACCUCUUUGGCGGCUCGUGCCAGAGCACGUUUCCCACGAUCUCAAAGCGCAACCUCGAGCGCCAUGGGUACGACGACUUUAUGUACACGCUACUCGACUGGGAGCCACAUGCGCCGCAGAUUGCUGGUGCGCCAGGGCUCUGGUACGAACUUGCGUCUGACCCCCAUGGGCCACAUGGCAAGGGGUCGUGGGGAGUCCUGCGCGUCAUUGUGCGCAUGGCGCCAUCUCAGUGGUUGUAUAUGGGUCAGUACACGAUGACGCCGGCUGAGCCUCUCACUGCGCGAGAAUGGCUGGAACAGAAACCUAUAGUAAAGCAUACAUGGGUGAGCAACAUUCAACGUGGGCCGUAUGGGCGUUACAUACGGUGUCGCGUCACAUUGCGCAAACAGCUAGAAAGAGAACCAGAACACCAGGAAAUCAAGAAUGCAUGGGAUACGGAUAACGACUUCAAAGGACUUACAGCCGAGGACAUUUCUUCUGCGUUUGCGAGAGGCGAAGAGCAAAUCUAUAUCUAUUGCAUGAAGUGCGUUGGGUACGACGAGGCGUUCCAACGAAAAGUCGUCGACAACUUUGCUACGUGGGUGCCUCGCCCUCGAACUGAGCGCGGGCAAGGCGCUCGCGCAAUGAAGAAAGCACGUCCUACUAACACCUCGAAUACCCCCGUCAAAGGACGCAAGCGCAGACGCAGUAAUGAUUCUGGAUCACCAGAGGAGGACGAACUGGAGGAGGGUGACCCGGCCGUCAAGGACGUCGUCGGUCAUACGGUUGAACAGGCUGGGGAUCUGCGCCGUUCGAAACGUGUCAGGCGACCUCCACGCUUACCUGACGCGGAUUCCGACAUUGAGGAAAUUCACGUCGUGCCGAAGAAUGAUCCUAAAGUGGCGGUUUCAACACAGCAAACACAUGGCGACUUGAUUGAAAUGCCUCUCGUGGUUGCGCAACCAAGAAAGGGUGCAAUGGUGGUCGAUGACCUUUCAUCAGUCGCUUCCUCCGUCGAAUUUCCUCUGAGCAUGUCGGAACCGGACCUCAGCUCCACCGUCCACGAUUCACUUUCAUCAAAGGUCUACGAAUGUCUGAGGACACUCGACAUGGAAGUUCAGCAUAUAUGGUAUUCACCCUGGUCCUUUGUGAAGGUCCUAUAUAUCUGGACGAGGUAUACAGUCUUCUUUCAGACAGCAUUUGACUUGCGGUAUAUCUUUGAGUCUGGAAUUGCUUGUGAUACGCAGGUCGUGAAAGCCGUUAUUUUUACCCUCUUCAUACGCACAUGGGCUAUAUACGGUAGAAGUGCUCGUGCCGGAUCAGCUUUGGUAGGGAUAUACCUCGCCUUCGCGGGGGCUAGCAUCUUCUUCACGCUAGCGUCCCUCAGAACUAGUAGUAUCUUCAGAAUCUUUGAUAUCGAAGGCUGUUUCCUUGAAAUGGCCGAACCUAUUUGGCAGACGCUGGGACCGCCAAUCCUCUUGGCUGCAAAUACGAGUAAGAUCAUGCGUAAUUCCACUACUAAAGAAAGCCAUUCUAGCUUGUGA